CACUUGCUGCUUGCUUGCUUGGAACCGAAGACGCGGAACAUUCCUGCGUAGGCGCGGUGGACUUUCCCGAGCAGCAGGUUGGUUCGUCGUGUGAGCAUCGGAGGAAAAAAAAGGGACGUGUUUGUCUCAUGACGUCGCUUUGCCGCCGGACGCGGGCGCAGUGGACCGGGCAGCUGCUGGGAGGAAAUGGACCGCGGAAAGGAGCGACUGGAACCGGGAGUGUGAAGCUCUGAUUUAAGGUGUUCGGGGACAUGGACCUUUACCAGCGCAUGUGCACGUGCUGCCUCUCGGAGGAGGAGCAGAGGAAGAUGGCCGUGAACAGAGAGAUCGAGCGGAUCCUCAAGCAGCAGAAGAAGAGGGAGCGGCGGGAGAUCAAAAUCCUCCUGUUGGGAACUGGAGAGAGUGGAAAAACCACAUUCAUCCGCCAGAUGAGGAUCAUCCACGGACGGGGCUUUUCGGAGGAGGACAGGAGAGGCUUCGCUAAAUGCAUCUUCCAGAACAUCCUGACCGCCAUGAAGGCCAUGACCGGAGCCAUGAGCACACUCAGGAUUCCCUACUCCAACCCCGAGAACGAGAUCUACGCUACCUGGCUCCAGGAUGUCAACACGGCGCAGAUCACCCAGCUGGAGCGAGGCUCCGUGAACGCCAUACGCUGCCUCUGGGCCGACUCGGGUAUCCGGGUCUGCUACAGCCGACGCUGCGAGUACCAACUCUUGGACUCCACAGAGUACUACAUGAACAAUCUGGAGCGCAUCGCCGCGCCAGACUACAUCCCCACAGAACAGGAUGUGCUGAGGGUCCGAUUCCCGACCACGGGCAUACACGACUACUCCUUCACCAUCAGCAGGAUCACACUCAGGAUUGUGGACGUUGGCGGCCAGAAGUCGGAGCGUCGAAAAUGGAUCCACUGCUUUGAAAACGUCACCUCGCUCAUCUUUCUGGCCUCCCUCAGCGAGUACGACCAAGUGCUGGAAGAGCGAGAAGUCAUUAACCGCAUGGAGGAGAGCCUGGCGUUGUUCUAUACCACCAUCCAUUCGCCGUGGUUCCACAGCACCUCCAUCAUACUCUUCCUCAACAAGACCGACAUCCUGGCAGACAAAAUACAAACGUCUGACCUGAAGAAAUACUUCCCAGGUUUCACGGGUAGGAGUCAAGACGCGGAGGAUGCCAAAAUAUACAUCUCGAAGAUGUACGAGCUGCAGGCCAACAACGUGGACAAGAGGGAGGAGAAGAAGAAGGUCUACCAGCACUUUACCUGCGCCACCGACACCAACAACAUCCGUAAGGUGUUCAGCGACAUUAAGGACACGGUGCUGUUCAAGUCUCUCCAGGAGUACGGCGUCCUAUAAGCAGCCAGAGGAUGGACCAUUUUAGGAUUUCUAUUUAAACAUGAAGUAUUCGAAGGCCAGAAAUGGGGCAGUCCUCACCUCUGUUGCCAUGAGGAUGAUGUGACUUCAUCAAGUACGUCGUGUUUUUUUUGUUUUUGUUCUUCUGUUUUGCGAUCCUGCAGAGACUGAACAAAUCACCUGUAACCACCUGUUACAUCACCCGCCUGCACUCUUCAUCACGCAUCACAAAUGGCUACGCUAACUAUAAUAAUACUUUCCACCUGUUCAUAUGCUACAUCCACAUGUGUCUUCCCUCACAAGCUCCAUCCAUUCAGACACACAACUCUUUGCAGUGACACACAAAACAUGAACAGCACUCAGUUAAAAGCCAGAAAGUCACAACCUCACUUGCAUUACUCGACUACCAAAUACAUGCACACUAGAAAUGCACGAUAUCUUUUUUUUUUCAAACCGAUACUGGUAACUUUCUGGACCGAUAUGAUACCGAUAACGUUUUUAUAUCUACUUUUUUACAUGUAAGUGUAGUUUGUGCACACCUGGGGGUUAAGAAGGACCGAAACAAAUGUGGAUUUGAUUGAUUAGUUCUAAUGAAAUAUGAUGACAUGACUACUACAUCACUACUACCAGGAGAACCAGAGUAUAGAGGGUGAGGAGCCACCUGCUGUGGCCUAGCAAGGUGCAGUGUAUUCGGGCACACGCUCCAAGUAGCUGGUGUGACUCUCUGGCAAACCCUCAUUGCAGAGCAGUCGGCACAACUAGUACGCCAAAUGUCUUUCUCUUAAAGUGAAUGUUAGUUUACAAGUGAGCUCGGGAAGUUGACAUCAAAAUCAGGAGAAAAAAGGAGCGCUUGAUUUGUUCACCCGUGCAGUACAGUUACUUUUUCUGAGCUAUUUUUAAUGUUAUUGGAUUUGCAAUAGGACAUCAUAAUUCCCUCCUAUUGACCCAAUAAUUAUAGUGCACCUCUAAUGCAUACCCAGCAAAACCCUAAAAUGCAUCAACUGUGUCAUUAACAUCCAUGCAUUACUCCCAAAUAUUCACUGUAUCCCACUGUUUGCUGGGUAACACCAUAGACAUAGUAAACCUUACCCUAACCCGUAGUAGAUAGAAGGCGCAUCGAGUGGCUUUGUCCACUGCUGCGAUACGUCAACGUCGGAGCCAUAUUGGAUGUGUCAAGGCUGCGCUGUAAACGAAUACAAGUCAAUGUACUUACUUUCAUAAAACACCUUUCUCCAAAGAAAUUCAAGUUAAUUCCUCUCGUUUAUGUGCAUAGUAAAACAGCAGUUAUACUAUGCAAUGAAAAUCUUAUUCUGUUCAUUCUCCCAAGAAAAGAAAGAAAACACAAGAAAAAGAAUAAGAACAUAAGAAACAUAAACACAUACAGUAAACAUAUAUACCAAUAAAUUAAGCAACAAAAACAGAAGAGACAUUAAUACAAUAAAUAAUACAAAUAAAUAAAUAAAUAAAUAAAGUGCUAUGAGUGUGUGCUUGUGUUGCGUGCGGCGUGUGCGAGUGCUUCGUUGAGAAGCCUGAUGGCCUGUGGGUAAAAGCGUGUUGUACAGUUACCGUACCAAACAGUGAUGGAGGCGGUAAGGACACUUUCCAUAGUGCAUCUGUAGAAGCAACUCAGGAUUGUGGUGGACAUGCCAAAUUUCCUCAGUCUUCUCAGGAAGUACAGUCUCCUUUGGGACUUCUUCAGAAUUUGUUGGGUGUUGUGAGACCAUGUGAGGUCCUCGCUGAUGUGUGUGCCAAGGAACUUGAAGGUUUUCACGCUCUCCACCUCAGUCUCAUCAAUAAACAGGGGUCUAUGCGGCUCCUUUUCCCUUGUUCUUGGGUCGAUGAUCAUCUCUUUAGUCUUAUCUGUAUUGAGAUGGAGAUUGUUAUCACGACACCAAGCUAUGAGGUCCGCCACCUCUCUUCUGUAUGAUGUUUCAACACCACCAGUGAUCAGUCCGAUGACUGUAGUGUCAUCCGCAAAUUUAAUGAUGCUGGUGUUGUUCUGGGAGGCCACGCAAUCGUAGGUGAAGAGCGUGUAGAGGAGCGGACUCAGCACACACCCCUGUGGGGUCCCAGUGCUCACAAUUCUUGAGCUGGAUGUGCGAUUGUGGACUCUAACCGACUGGGGCCUGCCUGUGAGAAAGUUAAACACCCAGUUACAGAGGGAGGGAGACAUCCCCGUCACGUGACCAGAAGUGAGCUUUGCCAACAUCAUGUCUGAAUAUCUGGACGAACAUGACUCACCCCAGUCCACAUUCUCCUGAUAUUUUCUUGUCUUAUCCUCCAUAAUGACUCGCACAAAUAAUUCCACUUCUCAUCAGUCUUGAUGGAAGUCUUGGAAAGCCGAAAACAAUGGGCUUAUGUGCAUGCGGUCUUUCUUCUUCUAUGGUUUGGAGUGUCAUGUGGUUCCAUCUGUGCACUUGUCCACAGCGCCACACGUAGGUGUCCUUGUGUAUUACAUUGUUAGUCACUCAGUGAUGCAUUCUCGUACGGAUGCAACUAUUUACCAUGUGUGGAUGCGACUUUUUUUCAAACACAACACUUUUGUUUUGUUGGAAAUGCUGAUCUGAAAAUGGAGGAGAAUUUGGGUAAAAAAUAGACAUUUUUUGGCUUGUAUCAAUUACUCACGUGUUUUUUUCGCCAUUUGCUGGUGGUCGCCGUACGUAACGAUCUAUUGUCAUGGAAAUGAUCAGUUGCAGGGUCAACCUGUCACCAUCACAAAGUCAUUAUUAACUUAAAGGGUCCCUGACAUGAUUCAUCAACUUUGCUUAAAUAUGUUAUAUAUUGUUUGUAAUUAUGUUCUACAUUGUUCCAUUUGCAAAAAUGACAUUUACAGGAUAGUUGUAGGCGCCAUCCAUGACAAGCUAGCUUUCCAGAAGCUAAAGCAUCUAAAGCAGAGUAAACAAACACUUCUAAAGGUAGAUGGUCAACUUGGUUCAGUAUAUUUUUCAUCAAAAUAGCAGUCAUGCCAAAAUGUUGUGUUGCUGCUGGAUGUUCACACUAUUUGUAUGUUUUGUUAAAGACAAAGGUUUAAGAGGAAGCAAGUGCAGAGAACGAGAGACACAUGAACGCCCACCUGGAGUUCUGUUCUUUGCAGUGAUCAUUUCACUGCUGGCUGCUAUGAAGGAGCACCUUUACAAGAAACAUUUGAAAGUGCACUAUAAACGCAUUUUGAAAAAGGAUGCUAUUCCACCAGUACACGAAACAAGGAAGAACGACCACUGUGUCAAAGUUGGCACAAGAGAGUAAAUCAUGUCUUGUUUACAUGUCUUCUAAGCACUAUCCCAUAAUAGCGACAAGGCUGCAAAGCAUUAUUCAAGAUUCAAGAGUUUUAUUGUCAUAUGCAUAGUAAAACAGGCAGUUAUGCUAUGCAAUGAAAUUCUUAUUCUUUUCAUUCUCCCAAGAAAAGAAAGAAAACACAAGAAAGAAUAAGAACAUAAGAAACAUAAAUACCAAUAAAUUAAGCAACAACAACAGAAGAGACAUUAAUACCAAUAUAUAACACAAAUAAAUAAAUAAAUAAAUAAUAAAGUGCUAUGAGUGUGUGCGUGUGUUGUGUGCGACGUGCGUGAGUGCUUUGCUGAGAAGCCUGAUGGGCUGUGGGUAAAAGCUGUUUGCUUUAUGUAUGUAUAUAUGUAUGUAUGUAUGUAUGUAUGCUAUAUAAACAUCUUUUCACAGCCACAUGUUUAGUGUGUGUGACGGCUUUGAACAUUUAGCCACAUAUACAAUUUAACAGGCUAAAAAAAAGCAAUUGCACUCAUUAAGAAGCCGAUUUAAAGCAAUAAUUGAAGGAUAAGCAACUCCAGAGUCAUUCCCACUUACCAUUCUGUGUUUUGAAGGCGACCAAUCGUCAUCUCCAUGUCUUAAGGCUAAAAGUCCAUGUUCUGCAAGUUCUCUAUUUCACCUCCAAAUGUUUCUUCCUCCUCAAAAACUAUUGACACGUGGCUCAAAUCUUGGCUAUAAUCACUGUAAACAUCCUCUGUCUCAUACACCGCUAUUUUUGUUUACCCGAACUAUAUUGUCCCUUUCACUGUCAAAAGUGUAAAAAGAAGCUAAGCACUGUUAAUAGUAAGACAAAAACUCUUCUUUUGGAAUAAGCCACAAAAGGUGAAAUAACAACCAUAAAGAGCUAAUCCUUUCAAGUUGAGUAAACAUGACAGUUUUGUGCCAAUUUCCAGAAAUGUUUUAUUGAACACGCCCUGGAACAUGAAUAAAAAUGAAAUUACCUUCCUGAGAAGCAAACAUUGUCAUUAUGUUUUUUCAUGGUAUGUAAUAAAAAGGAUUUUAAUCUCUUGAUGGGGGGGGCUUUGUUGAAUUAAUGAUUAAAAAAGAG